AUGUCGUCGUCUGUUCGUCGUUCGCUGUCCAACUGCUUUCGUCCACGUCGUCCGCCGUCCACGUCAUCAAAGUCGUCCAAAGAAUUUCUCAGAGCAAUUGCAUCAAUUGCUCAGAGCAAAGAAUUUUCUGCUCUAUGUCAAAAGAUUAUCCAUUUGAUACCGAAAAUACAACUUCAAAGGUGUUUAGCAGAAGUAUUGAAUGGUAUUCUUUUCAUCUUUAUUCACUUCUUUCUGGAACUGAAUGGUAUUCUUUCUGAUGAUGCUGACUUGGUUGAAGCUCUAAAAUUGUAUGAAGAUUCAGAAGACAUAUAUCAGUUGAUGGAAAGAAGUGGCAACUUUCCUGUUUGUGGGAAGGUGAUGUUAUUUGAUGAAACGACUUGA